AUGGACAUCGGUGAUCCAUCAGACUCAACGUCGCCCUUCCUCAGUACCAAGCUCUACAGCAUGUACGGGAGUGGUCUGGAUGAUGACACUAGCUUCCUGAACGACAGUCAGUCCUAUGGCUCGGACCACGAGCUCACAAGCAUGGUCUUCACGCCUCAACCAGGCACGUCACAGACCCUUCAACACCACCAACCUCAACAACAUCAUCAAUUUUUACAACAGCAACAACAACCUGUCAGUGGAGGCAGCAGCGGCGGCGGCAGUCCAUAUUACACCACCAAUGGAUUCCAUCCAGGAAAUGUUGUGGCUGGCCACAUCAUGGCAAACCAUAUCAAUGUAUCAUAUGAUGACCUACAGGCCAAUCAUUGUAAAGACACAAAGCCUGACCAAUACUUAGGCUUCCUUAACCAACAACACCAUCACCAAAACAUCAAUCAACAACAACAACAACAAUAUAUGGUUGGAUUCUUUCCACCUCAAUCACCUCAGUCACCAACAAUGGUGACCAACAACAAUAAUAAUAAUCAAACUGGAUUGUCAUCAUCCACACAGUCGACACCAAACUCCACAUCACACUUGUUCUAUCAAUCAAACACACCCUCAUCUCCAGCAGCAAGCGCCACAUCAACGCAUCACUUUGUAAAUAUUCCAGCUGCAAACAAUAUGGCACCAUUCGGACUGGCUUCACCCACACUGGCGUCGUCCCUUGGUGACCACCAUACCAACUCGCCAAUCCCACCCAUCCCCAGCAGUCUAUCUGCCAUGUCUCCAGGAGCCAACACAUUCCUGGAGGUGUUUGCUCAGUCCCAGCAAUCCCCCAGUAUCUUUAGCAGUGGCAAUGUGCCACCAGUAUCUGGAAGCCCUCGUAAGCAAGCCAAACCAAGAAAGAAGGCGAGCAAGAAGAAUACAUCAACAGAGAAUGUGUUGGCGGCAGCGGCAGAGGGUGGUAGUAGCAGUCCAAACUCUUUAAAGUCCAGCAAAAAGUCCAACAGUAUGCCUAUAUUGAAGAAACAGUGUACGGCGUUCAAUAGUUCCUCGUCAUUGCUCUCUGAGAUAUCACCUGCAUCGUCAAGCUUUGUGGAUCGCUCAGAGAAUGGUCUCUUGCCUCAGGUGUUCAAUGAGAGCACAGCCAAUCCACUGGCCAGCUCCACUGACACCUCUGACAAUAGUGGACUGUUCAAUAUUGAAGGUGUCGACAGCGAAUCGACAACAACAACAACAUCAACAUCAACAGAUCAAUCCACAAACAACACAUCACCAUCAUCAUCUUCACUAAUCAAACCAACAAGAUCAAAGAAGAACGUCCAGAUCAAGGCAUCAAAGGACGCUCAGUCACCAGCGCCCAGCCCCAAGCUUUACUCAAUGUCGCGUCCUCCACAUACGUUGCUCACACCCGUCCUUUCGGGACUCACGUUGGCACAGUCACCGUUGUUCCAGUCGGCCACGGCACCAUCCCCAAGCCACCUGUUCUCACCUCUCAACCAAUCCACCACAUCACUUUUGACCGCUGGAAUGUCCAAGUUUGACCUGCAGGACUCGACCGAUGGUCUGCCGCCAUCGCGGGUACGUUCUCCCUCGCCAACAUCCUCUUCGUCGUCGACGUCAUUGUCACAGUCACAGAGCAUGGCCAGUGUGCUUGCCAACCCUGACUUUGUCAAGCAACUCAAAGAGACACUCGUGCCCAAUGAGGACAGUCGUCCCUCAAUCGAGGACAGCAUCAAGGCGCUGUUGGGUGUGAUAAACAGCACGUUGAACGACAGCACCAAGAAGGAGCUGUCUCAGUCGUUUGCCGAGCUCUCCAGUGACAGCACCACCUUUUUCCGUCUGCCCGAGUACGACACAAAUGUCAGUGCCGAGACCUUUAGAAAGAAGCUCAUCAACUUCCAUGCCUUCAAGCUACUGAUGCUGGCUGACCCCAACAAUGCCAGUAUCCCCUUGCCUCCAUGUACCAGCGUUCCACCCUCGCCCAGUCUGACGUCCUCAUCAAUGACUACUCCGCGAUACCAACCCAUCCAACCAUAUCCAAUGCAACAGCAACAACAACAACAACAACUCAACACAUCCACUACAGAUAUAUCACCACCAAUUGGACUAUCGACAUCGUCUGGCGUGAUGUUCUCGCCACACCUGCACUCCCCCAUCCCCGCACCACCCCAACUGCACUCAAUAUCCGAGUCACUCGACAUUCACAUGUCGCCACCCGUCCCCACCAGCUUCCUGGACGUCGAUCUGGAAGAAGGUAGCCACGACCACUUCCUCAGCGGCGUUGACAAGAGCCAUCUGGCAUUCACUUACGAGCACAUUGGCAUUGGCAGUGGCAGUGGCAGCAUGGUGCCACACACCACAUUAUCAAGCUCACACCAUCACCAUCAACAACAUCAGAUCAUCAGUCCCGAACACUCCAAUGACAGUAAUCAAUCCACAUCGCCAACAUCAUCAAUGUCAUCUCCACUGGACGAUCAUCAACCAAUCUCACCCAAAUCCUCUACAAUGUCACCCAAACGAACUAUCGACGCGAUGUACUACAAUGAUCACACCACUCACCAAUCACUAACAAACAUGUAUAAUACCACCAACAUUGAUCAACAUCUGCAACACUGGUGA